AGGUCUAUUCUAGCACAGAUACUUCCUGACUCACAUAAAUGGACGCAAAUGCGAUCCAAGCAGAAUGAGGGCCUACAGACUACAGCACUUACUAGCUACACAGCCAGCAAUAACAAACACAUGGCCGCUGGUAACGCAGACAGGACGCAUGCCAGGAACUGGCUGUGACACGCAGCCACUCUCCCCACCAUCCAUCGGCGGUGGAGACAGUUCCCGCACUCACCACCAGUGCCGUGCGCCCUUCCUUAUAAACAGGGCGAGGGAUGUGCUCUGGAGUCUGGCCUCCAGCCCGCUAGCCUGACGCUGCCCGACAGUGUAAGGCGACCAGCGACGCAACCAAUAAGGCGCGCAGCGCCGCCGACGUUUCUAUACGAAACGUCAAUGCAAGGCGACUUUCAGCUGCAACUGCAUCACACACACAGUAACGGGGGACAGGCAGGCAGACAGACAGGCAGGGGCAUUUUGCACAAUGGAGCCCCCUAACCCGCAGUUUAACAAAACAGUGCUAUAUUGGAAGAAGGUGGUGCGCCUGGAAUACAUGCGUCUGCAGCAGUUGAAGAGACUACAGGCCAACCAGGCUUCUGGGACUAUAUAUGUGGAGAAUUUGGCAAAAAUCCAGGAAAGAACUAACCUGUUAAAUGAAGACUGGGAGAAACGAAGAGUGCAGCCAGUUCAGGUGAUGCAUCCUGCAAAUGCGCACCCAUUCCUAAAAAAGUGUACUGUAGAAAGUAUCUUUCCUGGUUUUGCUGUCCAAUCUAUAUACACAAGGUCCCUGAACACUGUGGCACUUGUUCCCAUCAUGUACUCCUGGUCGCCACUGCAACAAAACUUUAUGGUGGAAGAUGAGACUGUCUUGUGUAACAUCCCUUACAUGGGAGAUGCGGUUAAAGAGGAAGAUGAAACAUUUCUUGAGGAACUAAUCAAUAACUAUGAUGGGAAGGUGCAUGGAGAAGAAGAGGUGGAUUUGCCAUCUGCGAUGACCACUAGUCCACGCUUACAUGACCGCGAGCGUGUAUUUCGUUAUGGGCACUCUUUCUCCGCAGGACGCAACAGCAUAUCAAAAACUGGUGCUGGCGUUCUGGAUGAUGCAUCCUUUUUAGAGCUGAUGGAAGCUCUUCAGUAUGCAGAGGACGGGGAGAGUGGGCACAUUGACCCAGCGGUAUGUAAAGGGGAUGAGGUAAAAGGAGAGGGACCCAUGACCCGAAAGAGGAAGAGAAUUGCAGAGGAGGGUGAAGCCCAGGUAAACCCAGGAAGCAAUUCUUCCCCAGGAAAGGGUCAGGCAGACACAAGAGGAGAUGGAGAAGACCAAAACUCUUCUCAGAACAAAACACGAGGUAGCAAGAAAGUCUGUAAAAGCUACCUGCCGAGUGACCUAAUCUUCAGUGCUAUAUCUGCUGUAUUUCCAGAGAGAGGCUUCCCUGAGGAAGUCAAGGAAAGGUACAGAGAGCUGACUGCAGCAUCAGAUCCCAACGCUCUUCCACCACAGUGCACUCCCAAUAUUGAUGGUCCUUCUGCCAAAUCCGUGCCAAGAGAACAGUCCUUGCACUCCUUCCACACUUUGUUCUGCCGCCGCUGUUUUAAAUAUGACUGCUUUCUGCACCCCUUUCAUGCGAGUCCCAAUAUGUGCAGAAGGAGAAACCGAGAAAUUAAGAUCGAGACGGAACCGUGCGGAAAUCACUGCUUCUUGUGGCUGGAUGGCGCUAAAGAGUAUGCCAUGCUGAACAACCCCAGAUUUAAAUGCUUGGGAAGACGUAGAAGAAAAAGCCCAGCUGUCACUGCUUCCAACUCCAAUGCUUCCUCUUCCACAGUGGUUGAGGCCAAGGAAGGGGACAGUGAUCGAGACACUGGGAAUGACUGUGCUUCCAGCUCUUCAGAAGGUAAUUCACGCUGUCAAACCCCCACCAGGCAAAGACAGGGAAGUGUGAGUGGGGACUUGCCUGAGGUGUCCGAGCCCAGUGAGCCAGUAGAGUGGUCGGGAGCUGAGGAAUCUCUUUUCAGGGUCUUUCAUGGAACCUACUUCAACAACUUCUGCUCCAUUGCCAGACUCAUGGGCACCAAAACAUGCAAGCAGGUUUUUCAGUUUGCUGUCAAAGAUUCGUUCAUUCUGAAAGUGCCUGCAAAGGAACUAAUGAGUACUGCGCAGAAGAAGAAGCGUAAACACAGGUUAUGGGCCGCACACUGCAGAAAGAUCCAGCUUAAAAAAGACAAUUCGGCCAAUCAGGUGUAUAACUAUCAGCCGUGUGACCACCCAGAUCACCCAUGUGACAGCACGUGUCCUUGCAUCAUGACGCAGAACUUCUGUGAAAAAUUCUGUCAGUGCAACCCUGACUGUCAGAACCGCUUCCCUGGUUGCCGAUGUAAGACGCAGUGUAACACUAAGCAGUGCCCUUGUUACCUGGCUGUACGAGAGUGUGACCCUGAUCUCUGCCUCACAUGUGGUGCCGCUGAGCACUGGGACUCAAAGACUGUGUCAUGCAAGAACUGCAGCAUUCAGCGGGGCCUGAAGAAGCAUCUGCUGCUGGCUCCCUCGGAUGUUGCUGGAUGGGGAACUUUCAUUAAGGAGUCUGUUCACAAGAAUGAGUUUAUCUCAGAGUAUUGUGGAGAGCUGAUUUCCCAAGAUGAAGCAGAUCGGCGAGGAAAGGUUUAUGAUAGAUACAUGUCCAGUUUUCUUUUCAAUCUUAACAAUGAUUUUGUUGUGGACGCUACAAGAAAAGGAAAUAAAAUUCGUUUUGCAAACCACUCUGUGAAUCCUAACUGUUACGCUAAAGUGGUUAUGGUGAACGGAGAUCACCGCAUUGGUAUAUUUGCCAAACGAGCUAUCCAGGCUGGAGAAGAAUUGUUCUUUGACUACAGAUACAGCCAGGCGGAUGCUCUGAAAUAUGUGGGCAUAGAAAGAGAGACUGAUAUCAUCUAAUACCCCUCCCAUUCUGUCAUUGCACCAUGUCACCAUCUUAGCCUUUCUCGGCUACUGAUUGUGGUUUUGUCUGGCUUGGCUAUCCAUUGUAAACACCUCUGCAUGUAAUUGUGGGACAGAACUGCAGCCUGCCAUCAGGGUGCAGAUCUUUGCAAUUUACUGCUGUGUAUAUCUCUAGAGCCUCUCUAUGGGCACCUUACCAGCUCGUCGUUUUGUCUUAAUGCAGUUCCAGUGUGGUACUGUUGAAAUGUCUGUACACAGUUUGCUGUAUAAUCCCUGCACCAUAUUCUGGCAUAUUCUAAUGACGUGAAUUAAUGUCUUGUAUAACAUUUCCCUUUAUGUGAAUGGUUUCUUAGACCUCAGUACACUUUAUAGGAUGUGACGUAUUGAUUUGUUUCUGUGGAAUCUGUGACUUUGUUCCACUACCCAAGUAUUGAAAGCAAGAGCUCUUAGACCCUUUCUCAAUUUCUGAUGCGCUAAGUAAAGAUCAAAAGGGGAAGGCCAUUUAGCCGUCGUACCUGUGCCUCCACCAUCCCCAUGUAACUAUUAUCUGAAGCCAGGAGUUGCUGACAAUGUGCUGUGAGCUAGUAGUUCAGGAAGCAUGGAUGGGCUCCUUCUUUGAGUGGCGGAUGGUAGAUUGACAGUCAACAGUUCGACACCAUAUGGUCGACAGUCACAAGGUUAACAAGGUCAAAAGGUUGACAUGUUUUAUUGUUUUGUUUUUCAACUUUUGCUUCAUUUACUAUCCAUGUCACCAUUACCUUUAGUAACCCUGUGGAGAACGAAGCAGAGCGAGCCACCUUACGUGAAGCGUAGCGUGAAAAGCAAGCCCACGAGGGUACACAUUUCUACUAAUUUGGGUCAUAUAAUGAAACAAACAAAAUGACAACCAAAACAAAAAACUUAUGUUGACCAUGUUCAUGUCAACUAUUUUACGGUCAACCUUUUGUACUGGCUACCUUUUUCAUGUCGACUUUUUGACUCUGUCAACCUUCUGAAUUUCGAAGCUGACCAUACGAUCGGGGGCCGGGGGAAUGACCACCAUGAGUGUGUGUAAAGGGCCCCAUACGCUAGAACGAUUUUGCUAAAUUUCAGCUCAAUUUGGUCAUUCGGGCCGAUCUAUAGGGGGAAAUCGUGCAUUUUUGCUGUGUAUCUGAUCCGAUGCGCGGCCCCGUGAGCGUCGGGUCGACUCCUCCAGAUCGUUGGUGCUGCACUCGUUUUUUGACGUGAUCAAAUGGAAUUGUAUGGAAUCAAAUGGAAAAAAGUGUGUUUUUUGUGCUCGCGAUAUAUCGCAUGCUAUCUAUAGUAGAAAGUUUGACUGGCAUUCUCAGGAUGUACCUGAUGGUACCUGUGAAUGCAUGCUAUACAUCCCAUGCUAUAUGUAGGCGCUUGACAUAUCGUAUAUGAUGUAUAGCAUGCUCCAAAAAGUAAAGUUGUACAAAUUCGUUUGGAAACUUAUGUAAACACUCCCGGGAGGCUCUCGGGAGAGUUCAAGGGAAAUCGCCCCGACUUCAGCCUCUAGACAUAUCGUUCUAGUGUAUGGGGCCCUUAAGAUAGUAAUGAUGGCUGCAAGAAUGUAUUUCCCCUUUAAGGAAAAGUCAGUACUACUAAAUAAUCAUGUUCUGAUUAUAGCUGCUAUGGCAGGUUUGGAUUUAAGGCUGUUAUCAGUAGUAACUUUGUUGUAGAAAAUCACCAUCUUGUUGUAUGUACUGUAAAUUCUAUUGGUAUAAAUGUUAUACAUAAACUGUACAAACACUCGCAGAUGCACACUACAUAUUGCAAGUACAGACUUAUGCAUCUUCUUUGCAUAUUAAUCUCACUAGCAUUAACACUUCUAUAAUCUGGUGUCAUAAAGUAGUCACUGCUUAUAUCAGCCCUAUUACUUAUAUUUCACUUUGGGUAUAGUCUGUGUAUAAACAACACUGGGUACUAUAACGUGAAACAGGUUUUGAUAUUUCAAUACACACCUUUUCAUGUACAGUACAUUGAAUUAGAUCAUUACAUUUGUGUUACUGUAUCACUAAUCAUGUAGUAUGAUGAUAGUACUAAUUAAUGGAAAGAAACCUGUAUCUUAUAGCCCUUUGGCCAAAUACAAGCUAAAGCCAGUAAGAUGAGACAGUUCUAACAUCAUAUACAUAUACUGUGUGUAUCACUGAGUCAUUGUGUAGGUGCAGCAAGAGAGGGAACUUUACUUACUGGCUGGUGGCUUGGGGAAAACAAACUUUACAUAAGUGGAGCACAGAAUAAUUAAAAUGUCUUAUUAAAAAUUAACUAGCUUGCACAAAAAUAUACUGGCUUUGGAUAGGUAAUAUGACCAGUAAUGACCAGUAGUUCCUAAAUAGGCCAAAUACAGUAUAUAAACUUUUAUUUCAGAAUAUCUGUAGAGGUUAUCAAUACACAUAUAUUCAGCUUGUUACUUUACCUAAUGCAGUAUAAUAGCAUAUUGCUCAGCAAUGUGAAUUAUGGGCAUCUGUACGUUCAGUCAGGACAGUAUGACAGGUGCUGUGUGUGUCUUUGGCUAUACUGACAAUAGCAGGUAUGAAAAUAUUAGAAAAGUAACCAUGGAAAAUAAAAUUAUCUGAAGCUUCAUUUUUUUAAUUAACACUACAAAAGGAAUACGGUCAUUAGGUUGCCACCACUUAGGUCGACAGUCAUUAGGUCGACCACUAUUGGUCGACAUACAUUAGGUCAACAGUGUCACUAGGUCGACAUGUACUAGGUCGACUGUUCAAAAGGUCGGCAUGAGUUUUUCAUAUAUUUUUUUACAAUUUUUUCACUUUUUUAUACUUUACGAUCCACGUGGACUACAAUUGGGAACGGUAACCUUACCCGAAGCAUGGCGAGCGAAGCGACGCAUGCGAGGGGGCACAGUGGACUAAUUGGGGUUCCCCGUCACUUUACGAAUAAAACUACACCAAAAACAGUCAAAAAAACGCAUGUCGACCUUUUGACAUGUCGACCUAGUGUACCUGUCGACCUAAUGCAUGUCGACCAAUAGUGGUCUACCUAAGUUGUGUCGAUCCAACGACCCAUACCCGUACAAAAUAAACUCUUCCAGGGUGAAUAUCCACAAACAAUAAGUACUGACAGUGUAUUCUGCCCACCUUAUCUUCUUAUACCAUAGGUAACCCACAUUAAUGACACGCUGCCUGGGGCCUACUCUCCAUCCUUACAGCUAUUGCACCAGGCUGCACACUGUCAGUGCACAUGCACAUUGCCUCUUUAGACUGAAUGACACGAAUGAGUAUUAUUGCCAUUCUUUCGGGAGCUUCUGGGAAAUUUUGGUUUAUUUGUUUUAGGUUAACAUACCCUUUUAUAACAGUGGAAUAAAGGCUCUAAUACAAAUUUUAGAAAGAUAAAAAUAUUAAACUCCUAACUGUGCCUCUUUAACACUGGGAAAGAAUACAGACCCUUAACUUUACCCUUAUACUACUUUCUUCAGUGUAACAGUAAUCUGUAUCCUCUCAUUUAGAGGCCUUUUCACAAUAGUCAUGGAAUGUCGUUUAUGAUUAAAGUAUCCUUUUAUUUCCCUUUUUUUUUUUAGUAUCUGUCACCUACUCACAUGGAGCUGACCAUUUGUGGGCUGGACCAACUCAUUUUGUGUCUCAGAUCUGUUCAGAAUUAGUUGGGACCGUUCCACCAUAAUUCUAGUUAUAUUUAUAUAUUUUACUAUUUAUAGAUUUUACGAAACAGCCAUCACUUGUCGGCAGGUUUUAAAAGACCAUUAAUAAUAAAUGCACAACAUUCCUGUUUUUGCAAUUAAUAUUAUUUGAUGUUAUAAAUCUAGAAGCUAGACUGCCGACGAGCGGUGACUUUAAAAAAGCAUCUGCUUUGCAAAAGUAUCCCUCUGUUCCUGCCUCUGAUCGGUCAGGAAGGUUGGAAAGUAUGUCCCCUUAGCAGUAAUCUUGUGUCACACGUACCUGCCAUGUUGUGCGUAGCCUUCAACGGGUGCAUUUAAGGGAGAUGAAUGGGGGACAAUUUAGCACAUUGCAAGCACUAGACAUGGCGUCUGACCAAGCACCCUUCUCAUGUGUGCUUUUGUCCCAAAUCCCCAACAUAAAAGGAUGGUAAGUAUGCCUCAGUGAUGCCACUAAUUCCAAGUAACUGCUUAGCGUCAGCUCAGAAAAAGUAAAUCUUUAAUAUGUGUAAGUGGUUGUGAUCACUUUAAGGUUAUUUUCCCUUUUCAGUAAACACAGCUUGUGUAGUUUUGGCCAGGGAAAGUGUGGAGGAAACCAUUUGUACAGUUCAGUGGAGUGUUGGAAUUGUGAUAAGCAUUUUAUGCAAAGUCUGUCUGCAAUCCUUCCAAAACAAAGUUCAAAGGAAAAGAAACCACAUAGUGGCAACUAGUACUAAGCCAGGGACUAGUGACCUCUCUGAGGCUUUAUACCUCAUGCCUUCCUGGUGUCACUGACUCCCAUGAAAUUAUAUGGCUCAUGACAAGUGUAUGCAUCAUGCAUAGUCUGAAGAACAUAAACCUUUACACAUACAAUUUUUACCUAAAGCAUAUAUGAGGUUGGCUUGCAGAAAAAUUAUCUAUUACAAUGACCUGAUGCAAAUCAUAUAAUUCCAAAUCACCUUGUGUAACAUGGCCCAGAAUGGUACAGUGUCUGCAACUAUGCAGGAGCUUAGGAGUUCAGAAGCUAGGAACCUUGUAUUAUGCCCUUACUUUUACUUCUCAGUUGUGAGCAUAUGGAUAUGUUAAACGUAUAUAUGUAUGAAUGUUUGUUUUUUGUUUAAAAAGUAUGUUAUGUGCAUAGGAAAAAGAAAGAAAUUAUAUAUAACUGUAAAUCUAUACAUCCAUAUGCUCUUAUUAAUGCAUGGUUAUGUCUUACCAUUGAUGUAUAAAAGCAGUAUGUUAUAUUUAACAAUUUAUGCACAUGUUAAGAAAUUCUAUAUAAAUAAGUAUUGUGUAAGUCUUAUAAAUCUAGAUAUCUCUCACUUUGGGAGAACUGCACUGUUUUGUAUAUGUGUGGCUGCAAUAUGGUUAAAAAAAUAAACGUCAUGUCUCUUAAUUGACCACUAUG